AGCGCCAACGUAAAAAAUCUGUAGCUCAAAAGGUAAACAAUGGCGUACAAUUUUUUGGAUUCCUCUCCUUUUGCCAAUAUUCCCAUUGAAUUCUCCGACAAUGAGACCCCCUUUGAUCUCACACUGGACGACAAGUAUCGGGAGUGCGUUCGGAUUGUGCAGAAAAAGUGUCGGGACGUGCAGAAGGAAAAUGAAAGGCUGAUAGCCAGGCUCUAUCGCAUGAAGAAGAUGACCAAGAGAACUGAGAAGGACGUGGCGCUUGUCAUGGCUCGUCUGGACAGACACAAUCCCGCCUGGAGGCUAGAGCCCCCUCCCCCACCUCUAUUCCCUCAGUCAGAUGAAAUGGGCUCGGUCAAGAAGAGGAGAAAGUCAGUCAAAAAAUCAACAGGAAAAGGCGUUAAAGUCAAGGAAGAGACAUCUGGAACACUUCCAACCAUCCAACAUGGUCAAAUACCAGGAUUCUCAGGGAAAUCAGAGUCCGGAAAGGGUGUGAGGAAGCGAAUGGAAAAGGAUCCAAAUGCUCCUAAGAAACCCGCAAAUGCAUUCUUCCAGUACUGCCAGGAGCAAAGAUCAAUUGUCCUAGAUGAGAUUGCCAGCGAAAGACAGCCAGGGGAGCCAGAACCGAGCAAACAGGAGCUCACCAGGCAACUGGCUCAGCGCUGGAGACAAAUGGGAAAUGACGACAAGCAGAUUUACGUGGAUAUGUACGAGAAUUCAAAGCGGAAGUACAACCAAGACAUGAUGUACUACAAAAUGGAUACACAUGGGGAGAAUUCUGGAACUGGAAGUGGGAAAUAAUCAUUUCCGGAAGAUUUCCAUUUUCUCAAUAAACAUAACCUUAUUUUCUGUAACCCGGUAGACAAACUCAACAAAAACAAUAUAAAAUUAAGUGCUUACGCAUAA